AAGCGCUGAUUGGCUGACACCCUUCCACGUCCAGAGAGAGUGUCAGUCAGCUGAAGCUCGAGGAAAAUAACAGUUGCCUGUUUUUAUCUGUUGGGGAUUUUGGAUCUGACGUAUUUUGUCGUUGCGUUUAUAAAACUUUUAAUUCGCCAUUGCGAAGCCUCCGAUACAUAAUUUUACUGAGAGGAAAGCGAGAAGGCAGUGCUGUUAUCUCACACAUUUUUUAACGAUAGGUGACGGUGGAUGUUGCUAAUUCUUUCCCAUCACCGCGGGUCUCUCUCCGUCUGCUUCCUGGCCGACUUGACCUGUGUCCUAUUCCAAGGCAAGCCUGGUGCCCUGUCCUGUUGUCUCGAGUAUCUCGUUGUGGAUGACUAAGCCGACGGGGCUCUGUGCCUGUGGCCGCCGGGCUGACCGAUGCUAGGAGCGGGGGAAACAUAGCGGUGUGUGUCGGAGAGGAGAUGUCAGAGCGGGGAUGCCUUGUCUUGGAGACAGUGUUCUAGUCGAGGGUAUACACGAGUGUACACAGUAUACGUACCUCUCUGAUUUGGCGUAUAGACUAGCGGACCAAGUUUUCAGCCUAACUAGUAGUGACUCAUAUAUGGAUGGUGGGGUCGCAGUAUGCCCACCCCCUCAACUACCACUACACCACUGGCCGGAGGGAGUAGCAGUGCCGGAGGAGGAGAAGAAGAGGGGCCCAUGUCUGCCACCUCCACCUCUUCUAUCGGCUCCUCUUUCCAGUUCGUCCCGGCUUUCUGCCUGGGCGUGGUGGCAGCAGUAGUAUUUCAGCUGGCCUGGGGAGGCCUGACUCUCACCUCUUUCUUUUUGAAGUUGUUCAUUUAUGUGUCAUUCGCCCUACUUUGUUUCCUGGCUGGGAGUUUUGUUCUGUUGGUCAGGAAGAGUCCUCUCAAAGUCAGCUGCUUUGACAGAAACAGAAGGCAGUCAGCUGCACGGCUGGAAUUCUUCAACAAGCUUAUGGCCCGUUUUUUGGUGCCAGUUCAGGAGUCAAGCCAAAGCAGGAGGGUGGUGGUGUCACACAAUGUGGACAAAGCUUUGAAGGAAGUGUUUGACUAUGCCUACAGAGACUACAUACUGUCCUGGUACAUCCCUCUAAGUCAUGAUGAGGGCCAGUUGUACUCCAUGCUGUCGGAGGACUGGUGGCAGAUGAUUGGCCAAUUACGAUCCAGGCUUGCUGACAUUGACCUUGUCAACGUGGUGUGUUAUGACACCAUCCGAAUCCUACACACACACUUCACAGACCUCAAGGCUGCAUCUGCAAGGCCAGAGGAGUGUGCUCGACCGUUUCCUCUCCAUCCCUGUUUGGUCAGUCCUGACUCUGAGCUGGCCUUCCUCCGCUGUGUAGCCAGAAUACUGCUGCUAUGUCUGCUUCCACAAAAGGAUGCCAAGUCCCAUACACUACGCUGCUGCCUCACAGAAGUCAUCACUACUAAAGUGUUGAAGCCUUUGGUAGAAGUGCUCAGCGAUCCAGACUCCAUAAACAGGAUGCUGUUGUCUCAGCUGGAGCAGAGGGAGCAGCAGGCUGAGCAGCAGAAGAAAGCCUACACCUACGCUGCCUCCUAUGAAGACUUCGUCAAACUGAUAUCAACUUCAGCUGAUGUCAAUUUCCUCAAACAACUCAGGUAUCAGAUAGUGGUAGAAAUUAUUCAUGCCACCACCAUCAGCAGCCUCCCUCAGCUCAAGAAGCAGAAAGAGCGAAAAGGUAAAGAGUCAGCAGCCAUGAAGGCCGACUUGCUGAGGGCCAGAGAUAUGAAACGAUAUAUCAAUCAGCUGACGGUUGCUAAGAAACAAUGUGAGAAACGGAUCCGCCUACUCGGUGGACCAAACUAUGAGAGCACUGAGGAAGGAGGGGCUGAUGACAGCGAUGAGCCUCAAAGUCAGAAGAUUCUCCAGUUUGAUGACAUCUUGUGUAAUCCAAGUUACAGGGAGCACUUCAGAGUUUACAUGGAGAGAGUUGAUAAGCGAGCUCUGAUUAGCUUCUGGGAACUGGUGGAAACACUGAAAACUGCCAACAAGAAUGAAGUGCCGCAAAUCGUAGGGGAAAUCUACCAAAAGUUCUUUGUGGAGAGCAGAGAUAUUCCUGUGGAGAAGUUUCUCCUCAAAGAGAUCCAACAGAGUCUUGUGGGGAACAGAGGAACUCAAGUAUUUGUUAGACUACAAGAACAGGUGGCUGAGCAGAUGAGAGAGCGUUACUACCCCUCCUUCCUGGUUUCUGACCACUACGAUAGGCUGAUCAGACGAGACGAGCAGCAUAGCCAAUCCCAGUGUAGCACUGAGGAAAAGGAGGAAGAGUGCCAGGGUCUAGAUGCAGGAGAGGAGGUGGGUGAUGAAGGCAGUAAAGGAAUCAAUGAGCAGGCCAGCUACGCUGCUACAAAACUCCUUCAACUCUUCGACAAACUGGAGUACAAGCGGCAGGCCCUGGGCUCUAUCCAGAAUGCACCCAAACCAGACAAAAAGAUUGUAAGUAAACUAAAGGAAGAGAUCGGAGCCAUGGAGAAGGAGCACAGUGAACUCCAGCAACAUAUCACCAGGACUGACUGGUGGUGUGAAAACUUGGGGCACUGGAGGGCUACGAUCACUACUGCUGAGGCUACGGAAGAGGGUGGUGAGACCGUAGCUUGUUACAGUGUGUGUGUUAGCCUGGUGGAAGGAGAGGAGACGGCCAACAGUCGCUGGAGCGUCCAGAGGAAACUCACUGAAUUCCAGAUGUUGCAUCGCAAACUCACCGAGUGUUUUCCAUCAUUGAAGAAACUCCAGUUACCAUCGCUCAGUAAACUUCCCUUCAAAUCCAUCGACCAGAAAUUCUUAGACAAGAGCAGAACUCAGCUCAAUGCCUUCCUCCAGCGUCUGCUGACAGAUGAGCGAUUGUGCCAGUCAGAGGCUCUCUACGCGUUCCUCAGCCCGUCCCCAGAGCACCUCAAGGUGAUGUCAAUCCAGAAGAAAUCGUCUUUCUCUCUGGCCUCCUUCCUGGAAAAGCUACCUGGUGACUUCUUCUCCCAUACUGAGGAGGAGGCUGACGAUGACAGUGACUUGUCGGACUACGGCGAUGAAGCAGACGGGCGGAGAGACGCCCUGGCCGAACCCUGCUUCAUGCUCAUUGGAGAGAUCUUUGAACUCAGAGGAAUGUUUAAGUGGGUGAGGAAGACUCUAAUUGCACUAGUCCAGGUGACAUUUGGACGAACUAUCAACAAACAGAUCCGGGACACAGUAAACUGGAUCUUCUCUGAACAGAUGUCGGUGUGUUACAUCAGUGUGUUCAGGGACACCUUCUGGCCCUACGGGAAGUUGGCGCCACACGUCAAGGUCCGAACUGACAUUGAACGCAUUGAAACUAAAGAACGGGCUCAACAGAAACUACUUGACAAUAUCCCAGAUGCACUAGCAAAUUUAGUGGGCCAGCAGAAUGUCCGCUACGGAAUCAUCAAGAUCUUCAAUGCCCUGCAGGAGGCUAACGCCAACAAACAUCUUCUCUAUGUGUUGAUGGAAAUGUUACUCAAGGAAGUGUGCCCUGAACUCAGCGCGGAGGUGGACAACAUCUAAACACACACACACACACACACACACACACACACACACACACACACACACACACACACACACACACACACACACACACACACACACACACACACACACACACACACACCACACACACACAGAGUCUCAAACAGAGUCUUUGGAUCUUUCAGGCCUAUUUGUAGCUGUCCAGUCAUAAACUGCCAAGCAAGGCAGGCAGGGAGAUGGCCUUUUGGUUCAACCCCAGACAGAAAGCAGCUGCGUUGGUCAGAACUGAGACACAUGCUGAUUCUGUGGGUAGAACUUUGCUGUGAAAUGAUGAAAAGCCGAGCUAUGACCAGACUUAAAGGGGCUGCUGUUUGACUUUGUUGUGGUACAGAUCUAAACUUGUCUAUUCUGAACAAGGAGAAAUCCACAUGAACCUGACUUUUUCCUAUUUAGGCAGCCGUCUAAUUAGACAGAUCACAUUUAUACCCGAAAGUCCACAUUGACACAAGAACAAAUUGUAUUUUUGACAUUAUAUGACUCACGUGUACAGUUUUGUUUUUGUUAUUUCAACAGCACUGAAACAUCAGAUCUGUACCACAACAAAUAUUUAGUUCCUGUGUAAAUUAUGGCGGUAUAUACAUUACAAGGCAGAGUACCAAUUUGUGAAAGGAAAUAACUUGACCGUUUGGUCAUCACUUUAUCUAAAGAACUUGAUUUAAAUGCAGCAAAGCCAGUUGAAGUUCAGAUUUCCUGUCACCCUCUGAAGGCAACCAGUGUGUCAUUGCCCACAGAGCUGGGAACAUUCCUCCUACACACAACCUGAGCAACAACACUUGUGUUCUGUGAUUCUUGUUAAGGCUUAUAAUUGUGCAAUAUAAUGUCAUGUAAAAGUCAUUGUGAUGAUUUUAUUUAUGAUUAUUAUUGAUAGAUUUUAUUUUUACCACAUUGUUUAGAGAGCGUUUAUAUAAGCAAUAAACUGCAAACAAAAAGUG